AUGUCCUCACGACGAUCAAUCUACUUCAACCCCGCGGCAGCAAAUGAGCGGGCUGCCUCGCCGCGAAUUGAAGGCCUUUCAGCAUUCCACAAAUCCUUUCCCAACUAUGCCCCUACUCCGCUAGUGCAGCUACCACAACUUGCAGCGGAACUAGGCGUUCGCGCCAUCCUCGUCAAAGAUGAGAGCAAUCGGUUCGGUUUACCCUCAUUCAAAGUUCUGGGCGCAUCAUGGGGAUGUUUUCGAGCGAUUGCAUCUCACCUCGAUCUGCCUCCGUCAGUAUCGCUUGAUGAUAUUUCAAGCCGAGCGAGAGAUGCCUCGAUCGUGCUGACAACGGCCUCGAUGGGGAACCAUGGACGGGCAGUUGCGUUUAUGGCUCGACUCCUCGGCAUCGAGGCGAGGAUCUUCGUGCCUCGAUCUUUGAACCAAUGGACCCGUGAUCUUAUCGCUGGGGAAGGUGCUCAAUUGGUUGUUGUUCAGGGUGACUAUGACCAAGCAGUGCAGGAGUCUCUGGAUGCAGCACGGAUCGGGGAGAAUGUACUUCUGAUCCAGGACACUGCCUUUGACGGGUACGAGGACGUUCCCGCCUGGAUAGUGGAGGGAUACUCUACCAUGAUGCAUGAAAUCCAGGGUGAGCUUGCCCAGCUUGACUUGCCGGGAAGCGUGGUGAUAACUCCUGCUGGCGUGGGAAGCCUCGCCCACGCGGUGGCAAAACACUGCAAAUCGCAGAGCACGCCCAUGUCUGUAGUCGCCGUUGAGCCUGACACGGCUGCAUGUCUACAUUCCAGCUUGAAUGCUGGAAAACUGGUCACUGUACAGACCUCUUCUACGAUCAUGGAUGGAAUGGAUUGUGGGACUGUAUCUUCUACUACGUGGCCUGAUCUGAACCGUCUGGUUGAUGCCUGCGUUACAGUUUCAUCCUAUGAAAGUCACCUCGCCGUCCAGUAUCUGACCUCUAACUCUGUGGCAACUGGGCCAUGCGGGGGCGCAUCGUUGGCUGCACUGCGACAGCUAGCUACCUCAAAGCAGGCUGCCUCGCUUCUAAACAAGGAUUCCGUGGUUGUUCUUCUCAGCACCGAGGGCGCGCGUGAGUAUCCGGUUCCAAGAGACGUCUUCGUUGAAGAUGUUGUGGGCUUGACCCAAACUCUCACCCAGAUCAACUCCUCCAACCCGACCUUGUCUGCUACCGAUGGGGCGGGCGAGACCGAGAUUGUGAAUUACCUUGCCGCUUGGUUCGCUCAUCGUGACAUCGAGUAUCACUGGAUUGAGAAAGCCACAGGACGACCAUCCAUCGUGGGAGUCUUGCGAGGUAGCGGAGGGGGCAAGUCCCUUAUGUUCAACGGCCACACCGAUACCGUUAGUCUCUCCAGCUACGAGACAGAUCCCCUGUCCGGAUCCAUUGGGACCAAAAAUGGCAAGGAAGUUGUCCUUGGCAGGGGCUGUCUCGAUAUGAAAGGGGGUCUGGCUGCAGGACUGGCUGCUCUUGCAGCAGCCAAAGCUAGCGGUCAUGUCCCCCGAGGAGAUGUCAUCGUGGCCGCAGUGUCAGACGAGGAGGAUGCCUCCCAGGGAACCCGGGAUGUGAUUGAGGCAGGGUGGCGUGCUGAUGCUGCUGUUCUCCCCGAGCCAACACAGGGUGCGAUUCUUACUGCGCAUAAGGGCUUUGUGUGGGUGGAAGUUGACAUAUUGGGAGUUGCUGCGCACGGGUCAGACCCGGCAGCAGGACAAGAUGCCAUUAUGUAUGCCGGGCCCUUCUUGCAAGCUCUAGAGGAUUACCAAUCUCAACUGCCAGUUGAUGAUCUUCUAGGCCAGGGAUCGCUGCACUGCGGCUUGAUUCGGGGCGGCGAAGAACCCUCCUCAUACCCGGGCAAGUGCACUAUCACUGUUGAAUUCCGUACUGUUCCAGCCCAAACGGAAGAGUCAAUUCUGGGAGAUAUUAGUGCGCUGCUGAAAGGAAUUGCCCAGCAGAAACCUCACUUCAGAUACGCUGCGCCACGCAUAACGAUGUUGCGGCCCACACAGAAGGUAGCAGCGGAUCAUCCAUUUGUACAGAAGACGGUUGCUUCUGCUUCUGCCAUCUUGGGAACCAAGCCUGUUGUUCAGGCUGGAGCAUUCUGGACUGAUGCGGCCUUACUCGGUGCUGUCGGUGUCCCCUCCAUUGUGUAUGGACCAGCAGGAGAGGGCCUCCACGCUAAGGAAGAAUGGGUAGAAGUUGAGAGUCUGCAACAGUUUCAGAAGGUGUUUACUCAGCUCGUGCAGGACUUCUGUUAUUAG